CUGACACGCUUUGGCUCCAUGUGAAUUUUUACUCUUUUCCAUGUUCAACCCGUUUUGAAGACAUGGAUGACAUCAAAAUGGCCAUGAUGAUGGAGCUGCAAAGGAUCCCAGAAGAUUCCUUCCAGGAAUACAUGAAGGCAUGGCAGAAAAGGCUGGGAAAUACGGAAUUGUUUUGGAUGCUGGAUCCUCACACACAUCCUUAUUUGUAUACAAGUGGCCUGCAGACAAGCAAAAUGGCACCGGUGUGGUCACCCAACACAGUGAAUGUCAUGCAAAGGGAGGUGGGAUAUCCAGCUAUGCUGGCAAAGAGGGAGCGGCGGGGCAGAGCUUGGAGGAGUGUCUAGACCAGGCAGUGCACGACGUCCCUGCAUACAGACACGAGGUCACACCUGUGUACCUGGGUGCCACAGCUGGCAUGAGGCUUCUGCACAUUUCCAGUCCAGAGCAUUCAUCUCAAAUUCUGCAAGAAGUUGGCCGCAAAAUCCAGUCAUACCCUUUCAGCUAUCAGGGGGCCGCCAUUCUCUCAGGUCAAGAGGAGGGAGCAUUCGGUUGGGUCACGGUCAACUACCUCUUGGAGAAUUUCAUUAAGUAUGGCUUUGUAGGGCGGUGGCUCAGCUCCGGCAGGCCUACAGUGGGGGCCCUCGAUUUCGGCGGUGCAUCUACCCAGAUAACAUUUGUGACUCAGGAACAAGUGGAGGAUGAGAAGGACAUGAUGAAGCUGCGUCUUUAUGGACAGGAGUAUUCUUUGUACACACACAGCUUCCUCUGCUACGGGCAGGAUCAGGUCCUCAAGAGGCUUCUGGCCCACAUUGUCAAGUCUCAAGGUUACUCAGUAUCAGUCACUCACCCUUGCCAUCCUACGGACUCUUCUGUAAAAGUCAAUCUGGACACCAUCUUCAGUUCUCCAUGUACAGCCAAGUACACACCGAGCACCUACAAAGCUCAGGACUCUUUGCUGAUAAACGGCAGUGGCCAUUAUGAGCAAUGUGUGGGCAAUGUGUCAGAAAUCUUCUCCUUUGACGGAUGCCCCUUCUCUCGCUGCUCCUUCGAUAAAGUCUUUCAGCCCAACGUGACUGGCAGCUUCAUGGCAUUUUCGGCCUUCUUCUACAUUCACUCCUUCCUGCAGCGCAUCACUGCAGUCACAGUUAGCACGCCCGCGCAAAUGGAGGCGACUGCUAAAACAGUGUGCAAGAUGAGUUUUGCUCAGAUGCUGGCUCUUGUUCCAGAUCAAGCAUCUCGCCUGAGGGACUAUUGUGCUUCCUCUGUGUUUGUCAAGGUUCUCCUACUCAAAGGAUACAGCUUUGAUGAAAAAUCAUUCUCACGCAUUUCUUUCAAGAAGAAGGCUGGCGACACCUCAGUUGGGUGGGCUCUUGGCUACAUGUUGAGUCUGAGUAAUUUGCUGCCAUCAGAAAAAGUUCGAACGUGGAAGGCAUUAGCACCGGGAGUAUGGGAAAGCCUUACAGUUCUUUUUGUGUUGCUGCUGGUCACCAUCCUGGUCUUCAUUGCCCUUCGUGCCUGUGAGUGGAAAAAGAGAGGACUCAAUGACAGAGUCAUCUAGACCUGCAAUAACACUGUGCCGUCAGAAAGCAAUUACUGUCAUCGAGUUUACACUGUUUGGGCUCUAUAUAUCACCCAGGAUUUAAAUAUGAAUGUGAAAUUUAAAAAAUGCUUUGAACUCAUGAUUUUGUAGGACCUCAAACAUACUUCUAAUGUUUCCUGCUGCAGAGGUUUUACUGUACUUUUACAAAUACUGUAUACAUAAUGUCCCUGGUGGACCACACGCAAGGUGGAAUAUGUAUAUCAACUGUUUUGUUCAAUUUCUGGAGUACAGAGCCAACACAAUGAUAAAUGUGUUUCUAAAAUAUUACUGUAAGACCACUCUGAUUCAGCAAUAUAUUAGCCUUUGUUUUAGCUUGAAUUAAUUGUAUGUUGUUGCUGUUGUCAUUUUUGCACAAAUUCGGGAAUUAUGGACAUAGUUUCAAUGACCAUUUUAAGGUUAUGCAUAACAACUUCCAAGUAAACUGCAAUUAUUCUGUUUUUUUUAAAAUAUUCUUCUGUUUUCUUUUUCAAUACUCUGCUGCAGGCUUUAUCUAAUUUACAUUAUAUAACCUGAAGACAACCAUGUGUUUACAUACUAGACAUUUUAUAGUUGAUGAUCCUAUGACAAUGUUUUUCAUUCAUUGGAAUAAAAUUAAA